CUUCUAUAUAUACGGUAUAGCUAUAUAGGAAGGAAAUUAGUGAACUUCCUGCAUGCUUGAUGUAUAUGUACAGUAUAAAAACAUGUUAAUUGCAUGAAGGCUGUUAAUUAAACAGAUCUUGUUACAAUGGCUAUAUAUAUAUAUAUAGAGGAAAAAGCAGCUGAUGCACACCGUACAAUUAUAGCAUAAUUAUAGUCUGCCAUGCUUCUUCUUAUCUGUCUUUUUAUUUGUUCUGCUGCUAGUUUUCCUGUUGAAGAGGGAAAAGUGAACAUAAUUGUCAAAAAUGAAGUGAACGUGGCUUGCUCAGAGAAUUUCAGCGUAAUGCUAAUUUGUGAAGGAGUGAAUCUUGCAGAAUUGCGGUGGAGUUAUAGGAGUUCUAAUUCUGCUGAAAGAUUUACACUUGGUGUGCCGUUCCUUGCUGAUAAUUCUCUACAACAUUUUUCUCACACUAUUAAUAACCACAACCCUGCUUUCUUGACUGUUCAAUUGGUCACUAUUUUUCGUUCUCCUGAGUCAAACGCAUCCGCAAAUUUUUCAUCGGUGCUUACUGUUGAUCUGUUGGAGCUAGAAAAUCAUAACAUAACUAGCGUAACAUGUGGUGAUGCCAGUGUAUACGAAGAAAAGCUAGUAACUGAUAUAAUAUGGGAUCUUGUCGAUACGAAAAUAACUGCCAUUUACCAGAUUGGAGUUCUAACUAGCAUAGAAGUACGACUAAGAAAUUUACUGAUGUGUUCUUCAAUUCUGCUGUACACCAUGAUAAUUAAUGGAUCAGACGAAGCGAAGGUUGUAAGAAAUUGUGUGGGUCGAUUUUGUGAGAUCAAAUUCUCCUCCGUAAGAACCUCAGCUACAGGAGAUUACACUGAGCUGACUUUACUUGCUGUUACUGUGAAGAAACGUAUACUGGUGUACAGAUUUCCAGUAGGCCGCAGAAGCAGAUUGUACUUUUCUAAUGAAGUAAAUUCAACUAACUGUCUCCACUCGGCUGGUUGCACAGUUGUUCAAGAAGGCUCUAUAAUUAUGUUCUAUACGACACACAGUAGAUCUACCAAGUGAUCAGCCUAUUAAUGACAUAACUAUGUUGAAUAUUCCGCAUUCAGGCCCUGGUACAGUCCACAAAUUUGAGUUUUCAAUGGAGGCAAACAUAAAUUUACAUGUUAAAGAAAAUCUCUCUGUAACAGAUGGAAUCCCUUUUGGGUUAAAAUCAACUGCCAUUCUUAGCACAACUUCAAUGUUCCUUCUGUGUACGGUCAUUCAUUUCUUGCUACUACUUAUAGGAUCUUUUUGUAAGGUGAAGGCAUUUGUCUCUAGAAAGAAAUCUCUUGUUGUUUCUAUGGUGAUCCUACUCGUACUGCUUUUCAUUUGCAUUUCUUCACUAUUUGUCUUUGGGAUCAUUUUCUAUGGUACACAAUGCAGUCAGGUUAGGAUGACACUUCACGACAAUAUGCUUGGUACAAUGCUGGUAAUAUCGUGUUUGGGAAUAAUAAUUUUGAUUACUAUUUGGAGCUUUAUCGGAUACGGAGUGUACAACCAUCAUAAAUUCACAUUGCAAUUUGAAAACAAAGAUACUUGCAUAGUUACGACACCUAGCAGAAAAAGUCCACCCUCCACACUUCCCAAACAAAGUAAAUCAGGUCAGCAUUCCAACAGUGUUUUGUACGAUGAGGUUGGUCUAGCAAAAGUCAAAGGCAAUGUCUCGGAUAUGAUAGAAGUUGAGUUGAAAGCUAACGAGUCUUACGGGCACACAGACAAGAGUAUUACGACUGCUUGCUCAGCAUAUGCUACUCCAGAAUGCAACAGCCAAAAAGAUUUAUCAUUGAGUCACCAGUACAGCAAAAUCAAAGUGAAACCGAAAGCAAAGAGAAUGAGUAAGCAUCCUGAGCUAAUAAAUAUUGAGCAGGAGCAGAUAUUGCUGAAGUCUAACCAGUCGUAUGGUCAGCUAACAGGUGUUGUGGGUCAGAUAGGGGGAUGUGAACUACUACACGAGUACGACUACGUGGAUCCUUUAAGUCAGUAAAUCAUUACAAGACAAUUCCCAAUAAUUGUAGGUACUAACAUUGUAAUGUGUUCUUCAGUAUUGCAAAUGUAUACAUGCAUUGCUUUCUAGUUUCAUUUUAUCAAUAUACAAAGCAAUGACUAUAACUAGAGCACUAAAGUGAAAACCCUCGGCUGGUGACAUGAUAAUAAAGAUAAUGUAGUGCAUGUAGCAUGGAUAAUAGCCAUUGCUCCUGUGUAGAGAAGUAGUUAUACGUGUAUACAGCCAUACUAAAUUUCUUGUAUUAAUUAAACAGGUUUAUAUAGUGUUAUUGUCGAUCCCUCUGUUCGAGCUGAUGAUGGUAGCACCAAGUCCUCUAGCUCACACUCUUCACUUGAUCCACCAUUAUGUAUUUUUUGUCAGUGAGGGUGAUCAUUGCUGAUUUCAUGAAGGUGUGUUUUCAAAACCACACAAACAUAUCUGACCUUGACAAGCUUGACAAAGCUUUAUAUAGCCUCAGUCUUCACUUAAUUGUUCUGCCUUCAGAAUAUGUUUUCUAAGCUUAUAGGGAAGAUAAAAGCUUCAGCUAAGAGCCAUUCCAAUCGAUUCUAAACGGGAUAUAAAUUAUGGUGUGAUCAUAGUAGGGUCAAAAUUAGGGUGAUUGCAAUAUUGCAAUGAGGGACGGUGUCUUUUCUACCAGUGAGGGUGCUUGCUAAUGUAUAAUGAGAGUGUACUUUCUACCAGUGAGGGUGCUUGCUAAUCUUAUGAGGGUGUAUUUUCUGUCGGUGAGGGUGAUCAUUGCUGAUCUUAUGAAGGUGUGUUUUCAUACAUUGAGGGUACUCGCUGAUCUAUGAUGAAGGUGCUACUAUUUUACGAGCUCUUCUCUUUGAGCCAGUGACUCGGAGUGUGUACCAUGAUCUAAACAAAGCUGGGAAAUGUAGAUCUAUUCACGUGUUGUCCUAACCCAACCAUGCAUGCAUGAGUUCACUCUUGUAGUUUGUACAAGAUCACUCUUGUAGUUGUAGUUUGUAGUUGGUAAUUCAAUGAGUGUUCUAUAAUUAUUCUGAAGGUAUUAUGCUUUGUAGCUUUACAAUUAACCUCUUGAUAUUUUCCAGGCCUAUUUGCUCUUUUUCUCUCCCCGUAACUACACAGCCGCCAGUUUUUUUCAAAUCUCUGGGUAAGAGUGUUCCUGCAGAUUCCAUCUUUUAUACUGCUACGAGGGAGUUCCUGGUCCACCUCCCCUCAGGGGAGAGACAACCACACCUACUCACACUGCUACCAGCCGUUGGUAAUUAUGUCCAUCAAAUAAUGAUUAGUCUUUACCAAAAGUGGUGAAGAUGGCAAAGGAUUGCAGGUACUAUGUGGCUGAGAGUGUGAGGCUCUACUCUCAGGAGACCUGGAGGGUGUUCACACAGACCAGGAGAGUGCAACGCAUCCACAAAGUGGUGGACUUCUACAUCUCCCAGAGCCAGGCAGCCAACCAUGCAGUGAGAGAGGCAGCCUGCAUCUGUACUGCAGAGCUGGGCACUAAUGUGAACAAGGAUUGUCUGAGACCGUACUGUUGAAGUGUUUCCAUGACGAUAGCUGGCCAGUGAGAGGCGAUUUCGCCUGUGGUAUAUAUAUAACUUCCUGGGAUGCUUCCUAGAUGAGUGAAGAUCGUGGCUGGAUGAACUGUUCCCACCGUUCUUUGCCAAUCUUGAGGACAGCACACCCUCAGUUAGACAAGGGGCGGCUGCUGCUCUCACUAGUGUCACCAAGGCCUAUGUGUCUUUAUCGUGUGUGUGAGUGGGUGUGGUGACCGAGUGUCCUCCCUCCUCCCCCUCUGUGCUGAGACACUCACGACACAGACACUACCCUCAACACAUCAACUUCCUGGAGACACUAGCUGCUCAAACUGUUAAUUUGCCAGUGUUUGCCACGUCGCUGGGUAAAAGAGUGUUCAAGAGGCACCUCGAGCUGUUCCUGGACUCCAUUUUCUAGACUGAGCCGUUACAGUGGAGUGGAAUGUACGUCUCACCUCACUCUGUCAGCUGCUGGGAAGAAUGAUCCUCAGAAGAAGAAUAGAACAAUGUACUAUGUGGCUGAGGGUGUGAGGCUCUACUCUCAGGAGACCUGGAGGGUAGUCACACAGACCAGGGGAGUGCAGCUGGUCGAGCAGCACAUCCACAAAGUGGUGGACUUCUACAUAUCCCAGAGCCAGGCAGCCAACCAUGCAGUGAGAGAGGCAUGUAGUCUGCAUCUGCACUGCAGAGCUGGGCACUAAGGUGAAGGAUUGUCUGGAACCCUACGUGGGAUGACUGGUGGGUGGUACUGUUGUAGUGUUUCCAUGACGAUGUGUGGAGCUUUACGGUGUAGUGGGGUAUGGGAUAAAGGUAUGCUAGCUUAUAAUUAUGUACAUGUACAAGGUGUUUGUGAUAAAGGUAUGUGUUUUUGUAGAUGUUGUGGUAGAUAAAUGUGGGCCAGUGUACAAGAGAAUCCUCAAUUCCAUUCUCCUGCUUGGAGAGCUGAGUGGUGUGAGUGGGUGUGGUGACCGAGUGUCCUCCCUCCUCCCUUCUCCCCUGAGACACUACAACACAGACACUACCCUCAACACAUCAACCUCCUGGAGACACUGCUCAAACUGUGCAGUGACAAUAGGCUGGUGCAGUCUUCUGGGGUGAACUGUCUCACCUCACUAUGUAAAACAACACAAUGCAAUCUGCUUGACUGAAAUGAUAAUUAUACUUGUGCCAGUGGGAUGAUGAAGAGUUGCUCUGGACGACCAACCUGGAGGGAGCUGGGAGACCAUCACGAGGAGCUCCUGAGGCUGAUCGUGACUGGAUGAACUGUUCUUUGCCAACCUUAAGGACAGCAUACCCUCAGUUAGACAAGGGGCAGCUGCUGCUCUCACCAGCGUCACCAAGGCCUAUAUAUGCUCCACUGGUAUUGAUCCUGGACCGGGUGUAUUUGAGAUGAUGCAUCGUAUCCAUGACGACCCAGACCAGCAGAUGUACUCGUGUGGUUUACUGGCCCCCAAAAUGUGGAGGGGAGGAUGUAUGGACUCACAUUAUCACAAGCCAGGAAAGCCGUGGGAGAAGAAUGAAUGUUUCCAGUGUUUGCCAAGUUACUAGGUGAGAAAGUGUUUAAGAGACACCUAGAGUUGUAUCUUCUAUGGACUGAGCAGUGACAAUGCCCUGGUGGUGCAGUCUGCUGGAGUGGACUGUCUCACCUCACUCUGUCAGCUGCUGGGGAGAAUGAUCCUCAGAGGGAGAAUAGAACAACAUAAUCCAAUGUAUCUGGACAGUUUGACAGAACAGUAACUGUAACUUCCCUCAAUGUUGCGCAUAUAUAUAGAUUAUAAUUAUAUAACAAACAUUAUUAUGUUAUUAUAAUUAUAACUGUUUAAAUGGUUAGCAAACUAUA